AUGCACUUGGUUUGGCCAUUGCCUGGCUUGAAUCACAGUCCCGUUUCAGGCGCCGGGAAGCCGGGGAACCGGUGUGCGGGAUGCACCUUGCGGAAAAGACGCUCGCUUGGCGCCCGCCCGGCUGGGCCCCUUGGCCUGCUUUUCGCGCUCGAUGAUGUGUCGGUCUACACAUCUUUAUGCGCUUGCAGUCAUGACGAUGUACAUUGUCACAUCCUCUUCAUGCUGGACUUUCCAGGCAGCUUAUGUCUUGGUGGUUUAAGUCUGGUGUCCAGGUCUUCUUCACAGAGUAGGGUGCCAGGAAUCCUUCCGGAACACCUGCACGAAAUUCAUAAAGUAGGUGCAACUUGCGGCCAAAGCAUUCCUGCUUCAAGUGUGCUCAAUCAGCGUUGUAAUACGCCUAAGGCUCCGGCAAUUUACCUCAUGAGAGUCUUGCGGAAGCGAUCUUCAUUCUCAUCAUAA